AUGGAGACUUAUCGCGGAUACGUACGAACACCCGCAGAUGCAAUCAAGCUCUUUGAAGCUUGUAGGCUGGGUUUACUGCCUCGAGUACAAAGACGAUUAUCGGAGAAAGAACGGCAGUCCAUCACAUCUGGCUCAGUUUUUGUAUGGGAUGAGAGGGAAGCUGGUAUGCGCAGGUGGACCGACGGGAAAUCUUGGAGUGCGAGCAGGGUUUCCGGUAGCUUUCUCACGUAUAGAGAGAUGGAGGGUAAACGAGGCACCACAUUCGGUACAACGCGACGAAGUAACGGAAGGACACCUGAUAGCGGUCGACUUAGCGAGGAAGACCAGGAUGGUGAGCCAGAGGGUUAUAGAUACAAGGCGGAUGGUUUGAUGAAGCAGUCAUUUAGCAUAACGACGUCGCAGGGCCAGCACCUUCACUUGAUCUCAUAUUACUCCCGACCACACGCUGGAGCCGGCGAUUUGCUUCAGCCAACCACGGAUCCUCAACUACGACAUAUUAUCCCCGUAAAGGGCAUGUAUCCCGAAUCAAGCCUUCACGAGACAAACCCGCCUGCUUUAACAAGGACACCUAUGCAGCCGUACACCACUCACAAUGGUAGUCUUGAGCAGCAACCCUAUAACAACUAUCACGGCGCAUGGAACCAACAGCCAUGGCAAGGCCAAUGGCCACCCUCACCUAAUCAGACUCCUCCCUUUAUGCAAGGGAAGCUGACACCAGAGAUAAAGCACCAGGUUCGACCUCAACCGCAGCAGCCUCCUCCAAGGCCACAUCAACUACCCCCGCUACCGCCAACUUCAGCGCCUUCCGCCCAGGCUCCCAUUUAUCCCAAAGGUCUUACCUACGAGAGUGAUCGACUACCUCCGCCUACUCUAGCCAGGCAUUACCCAGUACCUGGGCGAGCCCCAAGCCUCUCUCCGCAAUCCCAACAUCUUCAAAUUCAAGCUGCGCAGGCCGCUCAGGCUGCACAAGCCGCGAAAGCUGCGCAAGCCGUGCAAGCCGUUAUAGAUCCCCGCCUAUCAGCAACAAGCGCACGCAAUCCACAGGGUCCACUUCCCGCGAUACCUACAGCAUCUCGAGGGUUGACGCCCCCAAGAAAUCAUUCUGUUUCGCCGCCAAGGCAAAUGACUUCGGAGAGCGCUAAUGGCAAUGCAAACAAAGCCAGCUUAUCGGCGCUUCUUAACCGGACACCAGCUAACUCGGAACCAAAUAGCGCAAACCCGGGUAGUAAUAAUAGCGCGGGCAGUUCACCCCGAGCUCUCCCAGCGGGAGCAUCUGGUGUACCGACACCCACAGAUAUGUUUAGAGGAGAGGAUAAUCGAGCAAUACAAUCUCUUAAUCGCAAAUUUUACCUUUGA